AUGUACCGUCAGAUCUUGGUGGACGAGAGAGAUACUGAUUUGCAGCGUAUUGUUUGGCGACCUAACUCGCACCGAGAGCCAACACAUUUCAGAUUAAAAACUGUCACUUAUGGUACCAGUUGCGCGCCAUACCUGGCAAUUAAAGUAUUGCACACUCUAUCUGCUGACGAACGCUGUAACUUUCCUGACGCUGCUCAGAUCUUGCUUGAUGAGUUCUACGUGGAUGAUGUUCUAACGGGGGCAGACAAUGUCGAGGAUGCUUCCAGACGACGUCGAGAACUGCAAGGCCUUCUCCGCGCAGGUGGCUUCGCCCUGCGAAAGUGGAAUUCCAACUCAAGCGCUGUGCUGAAAACCAUUGAUCCUGUUGAUCUUGAAACUAAAUCUUCACGGGAGUUUCAGCUAGAGGGAGAGUACAACACCUUAGGACUCGUCUGGGCUACCAAAGACGAUUGCUUGACCUACGCACUAAAGCUUGAUUACACGGUAACCACAUUUACAAAGCGACAACUGCUGUCUGACGUGGCUAAGCUGUUCGACCCACUUGGGUUCCUGGCGCCUGUAAUUAUUCGUGGAAAAAUGUUUAUUCAAAAAUUGUGGUUAACAGGCCUAGAUUGGAAUGACAAUCUGCCGGAAGACUUGCAGACGAAAUGGAUAUCUUUUCGCAACGAGCUUAAGACAGUUCCAGAAGUACGCAUAUCACGCUGGCUUAAUACAUCCCAGCAAAAUGAAACCUAUGAGCUCCAUACCUUUGCAGAUGCAUCUACGCACGCAUACGCCGCUGUAGUGUACUUAAAGGUUGUCGCUCAAUCAUCCGUCCACAUUCACCUAUUGAUGUCGAAGACACGAGUGGCACCGUUAAAGAAAGUUACAGUACCACGGCUCGAGCUAUGUGCAGCCUUACUUGCUGCUCGUCUGAUGAAUAAGGUAAGAGAUACGCUUAACCUAUCCUCUAUAUCUACUUAUAUGUGGUCAGACUCUACGACUACAAUAUGGUGGAUACGAUCCGAUCCAGGAGCGCUAAAAGAGUUCGUGUCGAAUCGUGUUAGCCAGAUACAAGAGGUGACUACU